GACGGCCACGAACGGACCCCAGAAAUCCCCGGCCGCAUAUAAAUACCUGGAGGCCGCCCCCGAUCCAGAACCCUCUCUCGCCGCCGCACGCCGCAACUCCCUGCUGCCGUCCCUCAAGAGCUCGAUUCGGCUUCGAUUCGAGCGAAAUCUUCUCCCAGGGGAGCUAAAUCUCGAGCGGCGGCGCCAUGUUGGUCUACCAGGACAAGCUCACCGGCGACGAGCUUCUGUCGGACUCGUUCCCCUACAAGGAGCUGGAGAACGGCGUCCUCUGGGAGGUCGAUGGCCAUUGGGUGGUCCAAGGGGCUGUGGAUGUGGAUAUCGGUGCCAACCCAUCUGCUGAGGGUGGAGGUGAGGAUGAGGGUGUCGAUGACCAGGCUGUGAAGGUGGUUGACAUUGUUGACACCUUCCGUCUUCAGGAGCAACCUGCUUUUGACAAGAAGCAGUUUGUCGCCUACAUUAAGCGCUACAUCAAGAACCUGACUCCCAAGCUGGAAGCGGAUGAGCAAGAAGUCUUCAAGAAGAACGUUGAAGGUGCCACCAAGUUCCUUCUUAGCAAGAUCAAGGACCUUCAGUUCUUUGUUGGUGAGAGCAUGGGUGAUGAUGCCAGCGUGGUGUUUGCGUACUACAAGGAAGGAGCCACUGACCCGACAUUCCUGUAUUUCGCGCAUGGGCUUAAGGAGGUCAAGUGCUAAGCGCACUGUAUGCUAAAACUAUCAGUUGUCCGUAUUUUUGAUCUGGUCUGUGGUUGUCAGUAGACUCACCAAUGUUGGUGGCGUAACUGUUAUCAGAUGUUGAGUGUCUUGGAAACUUUUCGAUAAUUGUGGUGUUUGCUUUCUGUAAUGGAUCCGUGAAAUUGGUGUGACGUUAGUAUUUCUGUGUUCUGCAUGAACAGUACCUUUCUUUUGCUUGACAAGUGGAAUCAAAGGAAUCAAAGAUAAAAGAUUUUGGCC